AACGGCCGGAAAAACUGAACCGGCAGAGUCGGCCUCUGUCUCUGCCCGGCUCUCUCUCUCAUACCUUCCUUGUCUUGCUUGCUCUGAAGCUUGAUUUCGCAGAACCCUAGCGCCAAUGGCGCUAUAAACUCGAAAUCCAGCUUCAGGAGCCGUCCCUACGAUUGAUGACGCAGGAGGGUUCGUUUUAGCUUCAACCCGUUUCUUCCAUUUCAUCACUUGGCAAUGGAUAAGCGGCGAUAGCUCGAGGGAAAGGUAUAUAUGCAAACCUACAGGAGAAAGCAAGGAGAAUGGCACCACGCAUAUGUUCUUUCCUUAUGAAGUGGGGAACUGGAAAAGGGGUUUAACCAGCUCUUGAUUCAGGAACCAAAUAAAAUUCCCCUCAAAAGUGCGUUCCCUCGCAGCAAUGGCUAACUCCUGCUUUAGCAGAUACCGCGGCUUCCGUUGCAGAUCAUCAGCACCGCUUCCUGCUACAAGAAAGCAUGGAACCAGAAGACUUUCCCAAAACUUUUCCAGCUGUGGCACACCCUUCGUUUCCUGUAGUUCCUCUCUCAUAAUUCGUUACCCCUCACCAUUAGUAUUGACUGCUCGCUUUAUUCCGUCUGAUGCUCCGCAACGCUCCGAAGAAUGGUUCUCCCUUCGGAAGGAUAAGCUCACGACAAGCACCUUUAGCACAGCCUUGGGAUUCUGGAAAGGGAAACGUCGCCUUGAGCUUUGGAAGGAGAAAGUUUUUGCACAGGAAAUGCAAAUGCUAGAAUCUUCCAAAAUGUGUGCCAUGGAGUGGGGUGUUCUGAAUGAAGCGGAAGCAAUAGACAGGUAUAAAAGCAUCACGGGUCGUGAAGUUAGCUCAAUGGGGUUCGCCACUCAUUCAGGGGAACGGUUUGAGUGGCUGGGUGCGUCUCCCGAUGGCCUUCUCGGUUGCUUUCCGGGAGGUGGGAUCUUGGAAGUGAAGUGCCCUUACAAUAAGGGUAAGCCGGAAGUAGCUUUGCCCUGGACAACCAUGCCUUUCUAUUACAUGCCUCAGGUGCAGGGGCAGAUGGAGAUAAUGGAUCGGGAUUGGGUAGAUUUGUAUUGUUGGACCCCUAAUGGGAGCACCAUCUUGCGUGUAUGUAGGGAGCGCGGUUAUUGGGAGCUAAUUCAUGGGAUUUUACGGGAGUUUUGGUGGGAAAAUGUAGUGCCCGCCAGGGAAGCUCUGCUGACUGGUAAGGAAGAGGAGGCCAAUUUGUAUAAGCCUGCAUCUACGCACCGACAAACAGGACUUGCGAUUGUCAAGAGCUUGAAACUGGCUAGCGAGGCGAAACUGUUAUGCAGAGAGAUUGCAGGUCAUGUGGAGUUUUUCAGGUGAUCAAGUUUGAAAUGCUGAGCAUGACUAUGUGGUUCCCAUUUUAGUGGAAUCACAUUCCUGUGCUACAUCAUUCUUUGUAGGAUUAUCAACAUGGUAUGAUUGAUCAUGGAAGUCAGUAGGGCAGCCGACCCGCUGCUGCCAGCU